ACCACGCUGCGGGAAGGAGACUAGUUCCCACAGCCGGCUCGCCGGCGGGGGGCAAGGCGAGGGCUCGCCCACCUUCUCUGCGGCGGCCACGUGCCCUGAUUGUAAGCCUCCUUUCCCUGGUGGAGGAACACGGACUUACUUGGCUGAGGGAAAUGCCAAUUAUCUGGAUGUGACCGUGGAAAGAGAACGUGUGACUGGAGGAGGCAGAAGAGGAUGAGGAAAAGCAGUAUUUGAAGAAAGGAUAAACCACCCACUCCAACCCUCUCUGCAAAUUGGUGCUAUUACCUCUGGGGCCCAUUUGCUUUCAUUCCCCCUCCCCCCAAUUAAGAAACCUUGACUUGAGGGCCAAAAGACAGCCCCCUGCAACUGGGAGACCCUUCUGGGUUGGAAGACCUUGUGGAUGUAGCGCUGGUGGAACAUUAAGACACUCUCUUCUGAAAAAGCCACCAUGAAUUCGGUAGCUGGGAAUAAAGAGAGGCUUGCGGUCUCCACCAGGGGCAAGAAAUACGGGGUGAAUGAGGUCUGCUCGCCCACCAAGCCCGCGGCACCCUUCUCCCCGGAGAGCUGGUACCGGAAAGCGUACGAAGAGUCGCGCGCCGGCAGCCGGCCCACCCCGGAGGGCGCAGGCUCGGCGCUCGGCUCAUCGGGGACCCCGUCCCCUGGCUCCGGCACUUCGUCCCCGAGCUCCUUCACGGGCUCCCCGGGCCCCGCCUCCCCAGGCAUUGGCACCAGCUCGCCAGGCUCCCUGGGCGGCUCUCCGGGCUUCGGCACUGGCUCCCCGGGCUCGGGCAGUGGUGGCGGCUCCUCCCCCGGCUCGGACCGCGGCGUCUGGUGCGAGAACUGCAACGCCCGCCUGGUGGAGCUGAAGAGGCAGGCGUUGAGGCUGCUGCUCCCGGGGCCCUUCCCCGGCAAGGAUCCUGCGUUCUCGGCUGUAAUCCAUGACAAGCUCCAGGUGCCCAACACCAUCCGCAAAGCAUGGAACGACAGGGACAACCGUUGUGACAUUUGUGCCACACACCUGAACCAGCUGAAGCAGGAGGCCAUCCAGAUGGUGCUGGCCUUGGAGCAGGCAGCGGGCAGUGAGCAUGACGGCCCCCCUGGCUCUCCUCCGCCCCUCUCCAACGUGCCCACCCUGGGGGGGGCCCGGCACGCGGCAGGGCUCCAGCAGCCCAGAGACUGGGCCUUCGUGCCCGCCUCCUAUGCCUCCUCCAACUACACAGCCUUCGUCACCAACAAGCACAACAGCAAACCCAACAGCCUUGGAGUCAGCAAUGGGGCGGAGAAGAAGAGUGUGUCCCCAACCCAUCAGGCCAAAGUCAGCCUCCAGAUGGCCACCAGUCCCAGCAAUGGGAACAUCCUCAACUCGGUGGCCAUCCAGGCUCACCAAUACAUGGAUGGCACCUGGUCCCUGUCAAGAACCAACGGGGUCACCCUGUACCCCUACCAGAUCUCCCAGCUGGUGACAGAGACUGGCCGGGAGGGCCUGUCAGAAGCCGCGCUGAAUCGCUACAAUGCCGACAAGCCGUCAGCCUCCAGCGCCCCGGCCUCACAGGGCUCCUGCGCGGCCCCCGAGCCGUCCCUGGGCACCUCGGUGGCCGCAUCCUUCUUCGCAAGAGCUGCCCAGAAGUUAAACCUGUCUUCUAAGAAGAAGAAACAUCGACCUUCUACUUCUGUCGCUGAGCCGCCACUCUUUGCCACCAGCUUCAGUGGCAUUCUGCAGACCUCCCCUCCCCCGGCCCCGCCCUGUCUGCUGAGGGCCGUCAACAAGGUGAAGGACACCCCAGGCCUGGGCAAGGUGAAAGUCAUGCUUCGAAUUUGUUCCACGUUGGCCCGCGAUACCUCAGAAUCCAGCUCUUUCUUAAAGGUGGACCCACGGAAGAAGCAAAUCACCCUGUAUGACCCCCUGGCGUGUGGGGGUCAGAAUGCCUUCCCAAAGAGAGGCAACCAAGUUCCUCCUAAGAUGUUCGCCUUUGAUGCGGUUUUCCCACAAGAUGCUUCUCAGGCGGAAGUGUGUGCUGGGACCGUGGCAGAGGUGAUCCAGUCUGUGGUCAACGGGGCAGACGGCUGCGUGUUCUGUUUCGGCCACGCCAAGCUGGGAAAGUCCUACACCAUGAUCGGGAAGGACGAUUCCAUGCAGAACCUGGGCAUCAUCCCCUGUGCCAUCUCCUGGCUCUUCAAGCUGAUAACUGAACGGAAAGAGAAGACUGGAGCCCGUUUCUCGGUCCGGAUCUCAGCCGUGGAAGUGUGGGGCAAGGAGGAGAACCUGCGAGACCUGCUGUCCGAGGUGGCCACGGGCAGCCUGCAGGACGGCCAGUCCCCGGGCGUGUACCUGUGCGAGGACCCCAUCUGCGGCACGCAGCUGCAGAACCAGAGCGAGCUGCGGGCGCCCACGGCGGAGAAGGCCGCCUUCUUCCUGGACGCGGCCAUCGCGUCGCGCCGGGGCAGCCAGCAGGACUGUGACGAGGACGACCUCCGCAACUCGCACAUGCUGUUCACCCUGCACAUCUACCAGUACCGCAUGGAGAAGAGCGGCAAGGGCGGAAUGUCGGGGGGCCGCAGCCGCCUGCACCUCAUCGACCUGGGCAGCUGUGUGAAGGCGCUGAGCAAGAACCGGGACUGCGGCGCGGGGCUGUGCCUGUCGCUGUCCGCCCUGGGCAAUGUCAUCCUGGCUCUCGUCAACGGCAGCAAACACAUCCCGUACAAGGAGAGCAAGCUCACCAUGCUGCUGCGCGAGUCCCUGGGCAACGUGAACUGCCGCACCACCAUGAUCGCCCACAUCUCGGCCGCGGCCGGGAGCUACGCCGAGACCCUGUCCACCAUCCAGAUCGCCUCGAGGGUCUUGAGGAUGAAGAAAAAGAAAACGAAGUACACGUCCAGCUCCUCGGGGGGAGAGAGCUCCUGUGAAGAAGGCAGGAUGCGCAGGCCCACGCAGCUGAGACCCUUCCACGCCAGGGCUGCCGUGGAUCCUGACUUCCCGAUCCCUCACCUGUCCAGUGACCCCGACUACUCCUCCAGCAGCGAGCAGUCCUGCGACACGGUCAUCUACAUUGGGCCCAACGGCACGGCGCUGUCUGACAAGGAGCUCACGGACAACGAGGGCCCCCCAGACUUUGUCCCCAUCGUGCCGGCCCUGCAGAAGCCCAGGGGCGACAGCCGGCCGGCGGAGGCCGGGGAGGCCGCGGCCAGCACGCCGGAAGGGGACUGCCUGAGGUGCAGCACGUUCGCGGAGCUGCAGGAGAGGCUGGGCUGCAUCGACGGCAGUGAGGGGCCCACGCACUUCCCUUUCGAAGAGCUGCCUGCCCAGCUUGGGGCCGAGCAGGCAAGCAAGGGCCCCCCGCUAAGCCAGGAGGCUGGGGCCGGCCCUCUCUGUGAGUCUGACAAGGAAGAGAACGGGCCAGGCAGCCCCGACCGAGGUGGCACUGGCCCCCCGGCCUCCAGAAUGCCCAGAAACCACUCGCCUGUCCCUGCUGCCACCCUGCCCCCCGGCCCCGCCCCCGCCUCGCCCAGGAGCAUCCCAGGCAGCAGCAGCCAGCACAGUCCACCCCAGCUCGUGCACAGCCCCAGCCUGCAGAGCAGCCGAGAAAGCCUGAACUCCUGUGGCUUUGUGGAAGGCAAGCCCCGGCCCAUGGGCUCCCCUCGGCUGGGCAUCGCCAGCCUGUCCAAGACCUCAGAGUACAAGCCAGCCAGCUCCCCUUUGCAGCGAUGCAAAGUCUACACCCAGAAGGGUGUCCUGCCUUCUUCGGCCCCCCAGCCCCCGUUGAACAAGGACUCUGGCAUGGUAUCCAGCGAGUCCCUGCUGCAGCCGGAGGUGCGUACCCCUCCGGUGGGAAUGAGCCCCCGGGUUCUGAAGAAAUCCGUGUCUGCUGGGAGCGAAGGGUUCCUUGCCACCCCAGCUGACGACGAGCACCCGGCGGCGCCGUCUCCAGACUCCAAGGAGAUCGUGAGCACCACGAUGGUGACGGUGCAGCAGCCGCUGGAGCUGAACGGCGAGGACGAGCUGGUGUUCACGCUGGUGGAGGAGCUGACCAUCAGCGGGGUCCUGGACCGCAGCCGCCCCACCAGCAUCAUCAGCUUCAACAGCGACUGCUCGGUGCAGGCCCUGGCCUCGGGCUCCCGGCCCGUCAGCAUCAUCGGCAGCGUCAGCGAGGACCUGGAGUGCUGCCCCGGGGGGGCUCCCGUCUCCGAGGUCAGCAUCACGCAGUUCCUGCCCCUCCCGAAGCUGAGCCUGGACGAGAAGGGCCGGGAGGCGGGCAGCCGGCGGUCCUCCAUCAGCUCCUGGCUGAGCGAGAUGAGCGCGGGCAGCGACGGCGAGCAGCCCUGCCACAGCUGCGCGGCCCACGCGUGCUUUGGGCACGGGGAAGCGGCGGCAGACGCCCCCGCCUCCAAGUUGGUCAGCAGCACCCCGAACACGGCCGUGGUGUGCCGAGAGAAGCCCAAGGGGGGGCCCGACAGUGUGCUCAUCGUGUCUGAGAUGGGGGAGGACUCUUUCCACAAAGCCACCCCCAUCAGAGGCUGCAAGAUAUCCACGCUGGGCAAGGCCAUGGUCACCAUCUCCAACACGGCCAAUCUAAGUGGCUGUGAAGGGUACAUCCCCAUGAAAACCAACAUCACGGUGUACCCCUGCAUCGCCAUGAGCCCCCGGCACGUCCAGGAGCACAAGGUGGCCAGUGCCACCGUCCCCAAAGCAGCCCGGUCCCAGGAGAGCGAGGAGAACAGUGCGGGGAGAGAGAGGACAUUUGAGGACCCGUGGCUGAGACGAGAGGAGGAGGUGAAGAUAGAGGAUGCUUACCUCAGCGAAGGAGGAAUGAGGGAUGACACUGCCCCAGGCCCUAUGAAGCCUGAGGACAGAGCCGAGCGGGAACCGGACAGGAAGGCCAGCCCCGGGGACAGACUGACCAGCAGCAGCGGGGAGGUGUCUGCCUCGCCCGGGACCGACAGCCUCAGGAGGGUUGUGGACGGCUGUGAGAUGGCCCUGCCCAGCGUGGCUGCCCAGAGCCCCGUGCACCCCAACAAAAGCCUGAAGUCCAGCAGCCUGCCCAGGGCUUUCCAGAACGCCAGCCGGCAGGAGGCGCUGGAUGGCCUCCUCUACCACUGCGCCUCCGAGACCAACGGCAUCGGCGCCCCUCUGGGCACCCAGUCCUCCAAGGCAACCCUGGAGAGGAAGGCGGCCUCGCCCAAGCACUGCGUCCUGGCUCGGCCCAAAGGCAUCCCCCCUCUGCCCCCUGUCCGAAAGUCCAGCUUGGACCAGAAGAACCGGGCCAGCCCCCAGCACAGUGCCUGCAGCAGCAGCAGCAGCAGCAGCCCCUUGAACCAGCCUGCGCCCUGCUUGGCCAGCUUCCCAGAUGAGCCCAGUGGCAAGACGAAGGACCCCGGCAGCAGCAGCAGCAAGCUCUUCAGUGCCAAGCUGGAGCAGCUGGCCAGCAGGACCAACUCUCUGGGCAGGGCCACCGUCAGCCACUAUGAGUGCCUCUCGCUGGAGCGGGCGGAGAGCCUGUCCUCCGUGGGCUCCAGGCUGCUGGCGGGCAAGGACAGCACCCUGCCCCGAGCCGGGAGGAGCCUGGGCCGCAGUGCUGGGGCCUCGCCCACCAACGCAGGCCCCCUGCCGUCGGCCGGAGCCUCGCCCAAGGCCAGCCAGUCCAAGAUCUCUGCCGUGAGCAAGCUGCUCCUGGCCAGUCCCAAAGCGCGCAGCCUGUCCACCUCCACCACCAAGACGCUCAGCUUCUCCACCAAGUCCCUGCCGCAGUCGGUGGGCCAGAGUGCCAACCCGGCCCCUAGCGGGAAGCACAUGUCCUGGUCCACACAGUCUCUGAGCCGGAGCCGGGGCUCGGGCCUGGCCGCCAAGCUGCCGCUGCGCGUGGUGAACGGGCGCAUCUCGGAGCUGCUCCAGGGCAGCGCGGGCCCCCGGGCCCUGCAGCCGCGGGCGGGGCGCGAGGAGGAGCGCGCCGGGGUCCCCGAUGAGAAGCCAGCAGCGCCCCUGCUGCCGUCACCCUACAGCAAGGUCACCCCCCCCAGAAAGCCUCACCGCUGCAGCAGUGGCCACGGCAGCGACAACAGCAGCGUGCUGAGCGGGGAGCUGCCGCCCGCCAUGGGCAAGACGGCCCUGUUCUACCACAGCGGGGGCAGCAGCGGCUAUGAGAGCGUGAUGCGCGACAGCGAGGCCACGGGCAGCGCGUCCUCCGCGCAGGACUCCAUGAGCGAGAACAGCAGCUCCGUGGGCGGGAGGUGCCGCAGCCUCAAGACCCCAAAGAAACGCUCCAAUUCAAGUUCUCAGAGACGGAGGCUCAUCCCUGCACUGUCCCUCGACACCCCCUCUCCUGCGAGGAAACCCGCCAACAGCGCCGGGGUCCGCUGGGUGGACGGCCCCUUGUGCAGCACCCAGAGGGGCCUCGGGGAACCCUUUGAGAUUAAAGUCUAUGAAAUUGAUGACGUGGAGCGGCUGCAGCGGCGACGAGGGGGCAACAGCAAGGAGGUCAUGUGCUUCAAUGCGAAACUGAAGAUUCUGGAGCAUCGUCAGCAGAGAAUCUCCGAGGUCCGAGCCAAGUACGAGUGGCUGAUGAAGGAGCUGGAGAUGACCAAACAGUACCUGAUGCUGGACCCCAACAAAUGGCUCCGCGAAUUUGACCUGGAGCAGGUGUGGGAGCUGGAUUCCCUGGAGUACCUGGAAGCGCUCGAGUGCGUGACGGAGCGCCUGGAGAGCCGCGUGAACUUCUGCAAGGCCCACCUCAUGAUGAUCACCUGCUUCGACAUCACCUCCCGGCGCCGGUGA